AUGAAAAUUUUAAGUUGGAAUGUUCGUGGAUUGGGGAGUCCACGAGCUAGGCGGAGACUGCGUUACUCUUUAAAGCAGCAUAAUCCCCAAAUGGUCUUCUUGAUGGAGACAAAAGUUGAUAAACAAAGGAUGGAGAGAGUGAGACGUAAUUGCGGUUUUUUAAAUGGAAUUGAUAUUGAAGCAGAUGGUUCAAAAGGAGGCUUAUGCUUAGCAUGGAAAGGAGAAUUGUGUGUUGACUUGCGAAGUUUCUCGAGAAAUCAUAUUGAUGUUUUGAUUACAGAGGAGAAUGUUAAGGAACAGUGGAGAUUCACAGGGUUCUACGAAUCUCCUUAUGUCAAAAAUAAAAGUGAGUCGUGGAAUCUAUUGAAGAAAUUGGGGCAAGACAAAGGUUUCCCAUGGUUGGUUGGGGGUGAUUUUAACGAGAUAAUGUAUUCCUUUGAGGAAGUUGGGGGUUUACAAAGAGAGGAGAGUAGAAUGCAGGCCUUUCGAGAAACACUUGAAGAAUGUCAAAUAGAGGACUUGGGAUACUCGGGAGUGUGGUUUACUUGGGAAAGGGGUAAUUUGCCGGAAACAAAUAUUAGAGAAAGACUUGACAGGGGAGUGAUUAAUGACAAAUGGAGGUCUCUUUUCCCGGCAGGAAGUGUUAAACAUUUAACCCAUACAAUUUCUGACCAUUGCCCAAUUCUUCUUAACACGGGUGGGGAUAUACUCUUCAGGAGAACUACAAAAUUCAAAUUCGAGGCAUGGUGGCUGAUGGAGGAGACGUGCGAGAAAACAAUUAGAGAAUCUUGGGAGUCAGGAACUGGUACAGUAGUGGAGAGACUUGAAAGAUUACGGUUAGAUUUAACAACAUGGGCGAGGAUGAUUAAAAGUGGGCGAGAGGGGCUUAAGGCAAGACUCAUGAAACAUCUUGAUACGUUAAUGGCAAAAGAGAGGACUGACGACAUGUUGGGGGAAAUUAUUGAUCUGAUUACUGAUUAA